AUGGCUUCCGCGCCUGCUGCGAAUCCGAAUCAACCCAGCGCCGGCGGAGGAGGUGGCGGAGGAUUAGGUAGUGGAGGCAGCGGCGGGUUCGACAUCAACAAGUUGUUCUCACCGCAUACUAUGAACAUGAACGUCAUAGCCCCUCCGCCACCGCCUCAGCAGUUACAGAGUGGACUAAGCGGCGGAGCUGGGGCAGCCGUUUCUGCCGCCGCCGUCGCGGGAGGAGGCGGGGUGAAUUUGACGAGUUCGCCGUCUUUCCCUCUUCCGGCUUCAUCCCCUCCUCCGUUUAGUAUGACGCCGUCGUCUUCUUAUCCGCCUCCCACUGGUCCCUACCAUCCUUAUCAGCAUCAUCACUACGCGCCGUACCCGCCUCCUCAACCGACUCAGCUUCAGCAGCCCCACCAGAAUCACUUCCUAGCUAACCUUCACCAGCAGCAACAGUUACAGCAGCAGCAGCAGCUUGUGAACAGGCCUCAUCAGCCCAUCUCUUCGUCGUACCCUUCUCCGGCUUCAGCUGUUGCUCCGACGCUGCCGUUCUCCCCAAGCAGCACUCCGAAUCCCGGGGGUGCUGUGUUAAUGGAUAUCUUGAACGGCCAAAGUCAACAGCCUCCGCCUUCUUCCAGCCUCACUCUGCCCUUCUCUUCAGCUUCCUCAGCUGCUGGGGCCUCCACUGUUCUGUCAGCCUCUCCUGUGAGUAUAGCUUCCCCAAACCAGCAACAGGGCCCUUCCCCCGUGAGGUUGCUCAGCACUAAGCUCCCCAAGGGCCGCCAUCUGAUUGGGAAUGAUGUUGUGUAUGAUAUUGAUGUGAGGAUGCAAGGUGAGGUGCAGCCUCAACUUGAAGUUACUCCCAUCACUAAGUAUGUUUCGGAUCCUGGGCUCGUGCUUGGCCGGCAAAUUGCUGUUAAUAGGAACUAUAUUUGUUACGGUCUCAAGCCUGGUGCAAUACGCAUCCUCAACAUCAAUACUGCAUUGAGAUCCUUGCUAAGGGGGCAUAACCAGAAAGUGACAGACAUGGCUUUCUUUGCUGAAGAUGUUCACUUGCUUGCCAGUGCAUGUGUCGAGGGUCGGGUUUUUGUGAGGAAGAUCAAUGAGGGUUCGGAUGAAGAAGAAAAGCCUCAAAUAUUUGAACAGAUUAUCCUUGCACUUCAAAUACUUGUUGACGGAGGACCAGUCCAUCCACGUGUCUGUUGGCAUCCUCACAAACAAGAAAUCGUCAUGGUUGCAAUUCGAAAUUGUGUACUGAAAAUUGAUACUCUUAAAGUUGGUAAAGGCGAUAGGUUUUCAGCAGAGAAGCCUCUUUGCUGUUCCAUAGAUAAGCUGAUUGAUGGUGUGCAAUUUGUUGGUAAACAUGAUGGCGAAGUUACUGAGUUAUCAAUGUCUCAAUGGAUGAUUACCCGUUUAGCUUCAGCGUCGUCUGAUGGAACGGUUAAAAUUUGGGAUGAUCGCAGGGUGACACCACUUGCAGUUUUGAGGCCACAUGAUGGAAAUCCUGUAAAUUCUGUGGCAUUCUUGACUGGCCCUCACCGACCAGAUCAUAUCAUACUCGUAACUGGGGGUCCACUCAACCAGGAAUUGCGGGUAUGGGCUUCCUCGAGUGAGAAUGGAUGGUUGUUACCCAGUGAUUCUGAAUUGUGGAAUUGUACUCAAACGUUGACUUUAACUUCAGCUGGGUCUAAUGCAGAGGAUGCAUUCUUCAACCAAGCUGUGGCUUUGCCUAGGGCUGGUUUGUUUCUAUUGGCAAAUGCGAAGAAAAAUGCAAUUUAUGCGGUUCACAUCGAGUAUGGGUCAUGUCCAGCUGAAACUCGCUUGGAUUACAUAGCUGAGUUCACCGUUACAAUGCCCAUUUUGAGUCUUACUGGAACUAGUGACAGCUUGCCAAAUGGAGAACACAUAGUGCAAGUGUAUUGUGUACAGACACAAGCUAUCCAGCAGUAUGCACUGGACUUGUUGCAGUGUCGGCCACCUCCCAUAGAAAAUGCUGAAUUGGAGAAAACAGAAGCUAAUGCCUCUCAUGCUCUUGAUGCUGUGUCUGGUGUAACCGAAUCGCCUAUUGGGAAUAACCCCAUCGAGAUACCUGCAGGCAACACAACUUCUGCACCACCUUCAUAUGCAAGUGUCGUGGUGAGUGCUUCAAUUGCAUCUCAUCAUGAAAACUUGGGAUGUCCUGACGAUGCCAACUUGCCUCCGAUGCCUUCUUCAGGUCUUGAUAUCAAGACUACCACCACGGUCCAUAGUAAUGUUGAAAGUAUUAGCAUCUUGACACCACCGCCUCCUUCAAGUCCUCGGUUAUCUUCCAAACUGUCUGGUCUUGAGAACUCAUCAAAUAGCACAGAUACCAGCUUACCUAUCACUGAUCGUGGUGGGGGACAUCCCUUGACAGAUUAUUUGCUUAGCCAUAGACCAGAAUUACAGAAGGAUAAUGUGCCUGAGAACUCUCACUUGAAUGAAAAUGUGAGGAAGGGUGAGAAAAGCAUUGCACAAACUGAUAUUGGAAUGGUGGUGGAGCAUUCAACAGUGUUUAAGCACCCUACACAUUUAGUGACUCCAUCAGAAAUAUUAUCGAGGGCUCCAUCUACGGAUAAUUCCCUUGUUUCUAUGGGAAUGGCAACCGGAGAGCCUAAGGUGCAGGAUGUGAUUGUCAACAAUGAUACAGAAAGUGUUGAAGUUGUAGAUGUUAAAGUAGUUGAGAUGGGAACCAAGCAAAAUAGUGGAUUUGACUUGAGCAGAGAAUCCCAUAUUGUCCCCGAGAGAAAGGAAAAGUCUUUCUAUUCUCAGGCUUCUGAUCUUAGCAUUCAAAUGCCCAGUGAUAGUGGCCCUGAAUCAAAUGCUACAGGGGCUGCUCUGCAAUCUAAUGAGGAUAUUGUCACCAAGUUACCUGACAGACCUGUGAACAAUGCUGAAGCUGGCGAGCGAGACACUACAAAAGACAUGACACAGAAAGUUACUGAGUCAGAAACUUUCCAAACAGUUCUGCAGUCACCAGCCCCAACAGUGAAAGGGAAAAAGCAGAAGGGAAAAAAUUCUCAAGGAACUGCACCACCUUCAGCAUCUCCAAGUCCGUUCAAUUCUGCGGAUUCGUCCAAUGAACCAGGCUGCAGUUCUGCUCCUCAAGUCAGUGGUGCUGAUAUCUCCCAGCUAGCAGCCAUGCAUGAUAAACUCGAACAGUUGAUGAAUAUGCAGAAAGACAUGCAAAAACAGAUGAAUGCAGUAAUUUCAGUCCCUGUUUCAAAAGAAGGUAAAAGACUAGAGGCAUCCUUGGGCCGGAGUGUAGAAAAAGUUGUAAAGGCAAAUACAGAUGGUCUGUGGGCUCGGUUACAAGAAGAAAAUGCAAAACGCGAGAAGUUAGACCGAGAACGGUACCAGCAAUUGACAAAUUUGCUUACAAAUUUUAUGAACAAGGAUUUCCCAUCUGCUUUGGAGAAGGUUCUGAAGAAGGAAUUGGCUGGUGUUGUACCUGCUGUAGCUCGUGCGGUUACUCCUGUUCUAGAGAAGACUGUAUCAUCAACUCUUGCAGAGUCAUUCCAGAAAGGGGUUGGAGAGAAGGCUGUGGGCCAACUGGAGAGGUCUGUUAGUUCAAAAAUGGAAGCGACAAUUGCAAGGCAAAUCCAGUCACAAUUUCAAACUUCUGGCAAGCAGGCACUGCAGGAGUCAUUGAGAUCUAGUCUGGAAGCUUCAGUAAUUCCUGCAUUUGAGAUGGCUUGCAAAGCUAUGUUCGAUCAAGUUGAUGCUACAUUUCAGAAAGGACUUUCCAGUCAUAUCAAUGCUGCCCAGCAGCAGUUUGAUUCCACACAUUCUUCUCUAGCAGUUGCUCUUAGGGAAGCUAUCAGUUCAGCAUCUUCAAUCACUCAAACGUUAAGUGGAGAGCUGGCUGACGGUCAGCGCAAGCUCUUAGCUAUUGCAAACUCCAAAGCUAUUCAGCCGUCUGCUUUGACUAAUAGACCGUUGUCAAGUUUGCAUGAGAUGCAGUCUGAGGCACCAUUAGAUCCUACGAAAGAACUAUCUAGACUGAUUGCUGAAGGCAAGUAUGACGAUGCAUUUCAUAAAGCUCUUCAUAGAAGCGAUGUGUCCAUAGUAUCCUGGCUAUGCUCACAGGUUGAUUUGAAGGGGAUAUUGUCCAUGUCACCACUACCUUUAAGCCAAGGAGUAAUCCUGGCACUGCUGCAACAACUGGCGUGUGACAUCAUCAACGAGACCACAAAGAAGGUAUCAUGGAUGGCUGAUGUGGCGGUGGCCAUCAACCCUGCAGAUCCAAUGAUCUCUGUGCACGUGAGACCCAUCUUCGAGCAGGUGUAUCAGAUACUGAAUCAUCACAGGAAUCUACCCACAACUUCUUCAGGGGAUGCUUCCAACAUCCGGCUUCUCAUGUAUGUCAUUAACUCCGUGCUGAUGAACUGUAAAUGA